CAGGCCAACUCUCACCAAACCCUCAGUCAAUCACCACCAAUCCUGUACUGCCACGUUUCAACGACUCCCAAUGUUAUUUUUCCUUCUUCCCUUCGCUUCACCGCCCCGUUAUUGUUGCAACCAUCAUCAAAAUUUCCCCCAUUGUUCUUUACUUCCCUUCUUCAAACAAAAUCCUCUAUCGCUCUCUUAAACUCUCCUCUCCAAAGGCAAUUAGGCCUUCAAAAAACUCUUCAAAACGAUGUCGUCUUCUUCGUCAUUGAGGAAACCCUCGUGCCUGUCGCGCAGAUUCUCGAGAUCACUAAGAUCAUUGGCCAAAACAACUUCAUUAGCGACAGUCUCGACCACGGCCAGUCAACGGGAGCCUUUUUCUUCUUCGUCGUCGCCCGCUUCGACGCAGGAAGGAGGGCAAUCUUGGUCGACAAUGCUGCCGGAGUUAUUAUAUGAUAUCAUGGAGCGCGUGGAGGCGAGUGGAGAUCGGUGGCCUCAAAGGCAAAACGUCGUCGCUUGCGCGUGCGUAUGUAAAAAGUGGAGAGAAGUUACAAGAGAGAUCGUUAAGGCUUCUUCUCAUGGUAGCGGCAAAAUCACUUUUCCUUGUUGUCUUAAACAGCCUGGUCCGCGUGAUUUUCCAAACCAGUGUAUUAUAAAGCGAAGCAAAAAGAACUCAACAUUCUACCUUUACCUUGCUCUUACACCAUCAGCUUUUACUGACGAGGGGAAGUUUCUAUUGGCUGCUCGAAGAUAUCGACAUGGAGCCCAUAUCGAGUAUAUCAUAUCCCUUGAUGUGGAUGACCUAUCCCAAGGCAGUAAUGCCUAUGUUGGGAAGUUAAGUUCGGAUUUUCUAGGCACCAACUUUACGAUCUAUGAUAGUCAGCCACCCCACAGUGGUGCAAAGCCCUCAAGCAGCAGAUCCAGUCGCAGAUUUGCCAGUAAGCAAAUCAGCCCCCAAGUUCCAGCUGGCAAUUUUGAGGUUGGACAAGUGUCUUACAAGUUCAAUCUCUUGAAAUCAAGAGGUCCUAGGAGGAUGGUUUGCUCAAUAAAAUGCCCUUUGCGGGAAGAAAGGGCUGAUGACAAGUAUUUAAACGACUCCAAGAUGAAAAUGCCAGAGCAGGCUGCCACUGGUCAUACAAUUUUGAGGAACAAAGCUCCAAGAUGGCAUGAGCACUUACAGUGCUGGUGCUUGAAUUUCCAUGGUCGGGUAACAGUAGCAUCUGUGAAAAAUUUUCAGUUGGUUGCGACUGUUGACCAGAGCCAACCGGGAGGGAAAGGAGACGAGGAAAUGGUUCUCCUCCAGUUUGGGAAAGUAGGGGAUGAUAUAUUCACCAUGGAUUAUAGGCAGCCCUUAUCAGCCUUUCUUGCUUUUGCCAUCUGCCUUACAAGCUUUGGUACAAAAUUGGCUUGCGAGUGAUAUUAUUUUGAAGUAUUAUAUAUUUAUAUAUUUUAGUAAAAAGUUGUGCUGCAUGUUUAAUAUAAUUAUUUUCUGCUUAAUGUCACAUUCAAAAGUUUUGGACGGCCUUUGGUUAAGCAAAUGAUGCAUAUGUUGUUAUUGUAUCUAAUAACAUUUUCUGAAAUUAUUGGCUGCAAACACAUAUUACUGUUAAUAUGAUGUGUUUUACAUCAACAAGCAAGUACCUUCUGCUGUCUCGAAAAUUGACGUCAGGAUUUGAGAAAUUAGUUGACAAAAAGCAUAUGAAUCCUUUCUCCUCCUCUUUUUCCACUUGGAAAUAGUGUUUUGGGGGGCAAAUUGCAACAAAAGCAUGUGAUUAGUUCUAGUUGUUUGCAAUUGUGAACUCUUCUUUUUCCCCUUUUGCUGUGAAACGGUAGAACAUCAAACUCAAGCCGCCGCAGCCAUGUUUCUUGACCAGUUGAGCAAAUUAGAAUAAUGUUGGCAAAGUGGCUUCCAGAAUCCUGGGUAGAAAAUAAUCUAGUGCUUCAAAGUUUUGAA